CCAUCGAAACAACUCGUUGAAGUACCAUGUGCACUGCCAAAUUCAAUUCCUGUAAUUGCGUACGAUUGUCCAUCGCUUGAGAAGAUGCUGCGGCUCAUGAAGGAACAAAAACCGUUCAUAAUAAAAGGAAUUGUCAAUAAAUGGCAAGCGUUUGAGAAGUGGAACAUUUCAUAUAUCAAUGAUGUUGCUGGAUAUCGCACAGUGCCAGUUGAAGUUGGAACUAGCUAUGCCGACAGUAGCUGUAAACAAAUAUUGAUGUCAGUUCGCGAUUUUAUUGAAAAAUUUGUUGAAAAUGAGAGUUCGGAUGGUCCAGGUUAUUUGGCGCAACAUCGGUUGUUCGACCAGAUUCCUGAACUGUUGCAAGACAUUGUCGUUCCUGAUUAUUUUGCGUUUGGAGAAGGCGGACUGGAUAAUGUGGAUAUGAAUAUUUGGAUUGGACCAGCUGGAACUGUGUCACCAUUACAUACCGAUCCAAAGAGUAAUAUAUUUUGCCAGGCAAGUGUGUCUGGUAGGAAAUUCCUACGUCUUGUGCCUGUAACAGAAACGGAGAAAGUUUAUCCUCGUGAAGGAAUCUUAUCGAACACGAGUCAGUUUCUCCCAAAUAUGCGUGUCCAUUAA